GCAGGUGAAGCAGCGUGGAGCUCCGCUGUCUCUCUCUGGAUGAACGAAGGUUAAACUCAAACCUGCAGCAGAGGCAGCCAAUGCCGCAGACAGACAGAUGCCUCCCAGCUUCCUGUCAUUCUGCCCUACUCAGCAGACCGACGCCUCCUCACGCUCCGGCCAGAGGACACGGAGCAGACUGCAGCCAUGGGAACGCAUCAGCCCACCCGCAGGACCACCGGAGAGGACCGGGCUGCUACACUCUUCCUGACCUAAGGUUGAACCCACAUUAUGAGUGAGUUAGAAGCUUCGGGGGUGGGGGACAAUCCCCCUCCCUAUAUUAUCUUUGUGGUGGUCUUCCUCUUCUUCCUCACCGGACUGCUGGGCUUCCUCAUCUGCCACCUGCUGAAGAAGAAGGGCUACCGCUGCCGCACCGGGGACAUGGACGAGGAGGAGGAGGAGGAGGAGGAGAAGCUGGGAGUAAAUGCAGACGACGAUGAUGAAGAGAAUCAGGAUACAGUGGAGCAGAUCCUCAAAUGCAUCAUUGAAAACGAAGCUAACAUGGAAGCCUUCAAUGAAAUGAUAGGAAAGCACAACAUCUGUGUGCGCCAUGACCCCAGGUUGCGUAAGGAGUCGAUUGGUGGCGUUCCUCCCCAUCUCCACACAGUCCACUCAGGAAGCGACCACAACUCGUGCCACCUCUGCGCCCAGGUCAAAUCUAAAAAGGGACGAAGACAAAGCCGAACUCCCCGAUUGAAACAACGACCUGGAGAGCAGACCGUCUUCUCCGUUGGCAGGUUCAGAGUUAUUCACACCGAUAAGAAGCUCCAUGGAGGUCCAAAUCCAAUGGUUAGUUCAGGAGACCAACUGGACCAAUCCCAGGAUAGCGACGAGAGGAAGGAGGGCGGGUACAAUCUGAGAAGCAUGUUCAAGGAUGUCCGACCGCCUUCAGAGAACACCAAUGGGGUUGCUCCGGCUAUAGGGAAACGCAGGAAGAGUUUAACCAUAUUUGGGCUGAGGCGGGGAAGCGACCCUGUUGUUAAAACAGGAGAGGGGAUGGGAAGGGAGCCCGGAGGUGUUAGAUUUGCUAUUAAGCAACAACCUGUGGUGCUGGAGGAAAUGUUGCAGGGAGAGGACACUAAAGGACUCUCUGAACCUGGUACUAAACCUGGAAACAAACCUAAAACCGAACCAUCAAAGAAUCAAAUCCCUGCUGCCCAAAAACGUGAGGCUAAAACUUCAGGUCCAGAAGAUUCUCCUGCUUUGCAAAGUCAGAAACAGGGCAACGACUCUAAACAACGACCCUCUCCUGAAACUGGUAUGAAUCCCCGGAUAAAACCUUCUGUUGGGAAUAUCACAGAGUCCACCCCAAACUCUCUUACUGUUGUAUAUCCUGCUUCGUCUGGACAGACAUUUAAGAUAGCAGAGAAACCAACAGACCUCGGAGAGAAGGCAUUAAAAUAUGAAGAAGGAUUUGACCCUGGGCCUAUACAGACCUCCACACCCAUCGCCCCCAUGUAUGGAUGUUUGAUUCCUACUCAUCACCCUGAAUCCUAUCCUAACACAGAUUAUCCAGUAACCCAAACUCCUCCUGACCGGAGCUCCAGCCCGGAUCUUGACCCAGGUUAUGGUGCUAACCUUGUUUUAAUAAGCCUAGGGUCAUCCCCUCCAUCUUCUUACCCAACAAGGUCCCAAUCUUCAUUUUCUUCUUUAAAAACACCUACCUCACCUCUGGUGAUCACACCAAGCCCCAACCUAGGUGCAAGAAAUACAUCAUUGGGGGAUACACAAACUGGCUUUUCCCCUAUUCUUACUCCAAGCCCCAAACUCCCAUCAGGCCGGGCUACAUCCUCACCCUUUGGAAUAAGUGCUAGUCCAUUACAAGUCAGAACUCCUUCACCUGGUUUUACGGCCGGCCUCACAUUAGACGCCACACCAGUAUCACCAAGAACCCCCUCUUCUCCUGCUUACUCAAACGAGUCCUCUGAACGUUCACCUCGCCUGGCGUUGAAGUCAGGAAGCGUGGCAUCAGUAACGUCUACAACCAGAGGUGAUAUGGUUUCAAGCCUCUUACCUUUGAGGGAACAAGAGCAAGAAGAAGCCAGUAUCCCCAUUACAGAAGAGAAGAAAGAAACAAAGAGGGCUGGGAUUCUGAAAAAAGCUAAACUCUCACCUGUUGAGGGAUGUCAGCUCUCUGAAGACAGACCCACCAGUUUGCUUCUGUCGCCUUCCAGUCCAGCGCCCCCCUCCGGACCUGUAGGGAGCAGAAUUAGCAGUGUGACCAUUGUGAAAGCCAGCCCUGACAGCAAGAGAGAGUUUUCUGUUGUCACCAUGGAGGAGAGGGAAGAAUCCUCAACGAAGGAGAAGGAAAGAGAGACUUCUGAACUUGGUGUCGAAUCAGAAAAUUUGGAACGUCGUCCAGCAGUCGACCAGGAGAGACAGGUUGCAGUUCAAGGUGUUGGAGAACCUGACAGAAAAAUUGGAGAGACUUCUGGAGCAGAGGUUAGGCUAACAGUGAGCCAAGACAGGGAUGAUAUGAUGGAGAUGGAAGAUAUAAGAGACUGCAAAGUGACUCAGGAAGGGGACGGACAAUGUGCAGAGGAGAAGGUGUCAAACGUUGAAUUGAAACAGGACUGAGGUUGUGAGUCUCACAUGGAAAAGCAGAAGAGUUCUAUGGGAUAAGAAGCAGCACUCAGUGGACUAUAGAAAAUGACACGCAGUAAUAAUAAACUCAAGCAAUUAAAAGCUGCCUUUAAUCUUUUAACCACAGCACUGAAUAUGUCACAGCAAGACUGAUUCAUGUAAAAAUAUCAGACACUCUCCCACGUUUGGAUUUUAAAGAUGAUAUGCAGUGUCUUCACCACAAAUCACACAAACUUUACUUGAUGUAUUAUUAUUUGGCUUUAGUGUUUUGUAUUUUUUCAUGUCUUACUCUUACUGGUAUUGACUUUCGUUUUUUUUUCUUCCUUGUGAUAAAUGUAUGGAAACAUGCUUUGAGCUCUGAGGCUGCACAUAAGCCAAGAUGUGGUCUGAACAUUAUGAGACAACAAUGUUGACAAAACUAAGAUUUGAUAAAGACGUUGCCAUGGUGAUCUCCAGAGUUUACCAAUCUAUCAUUUGCUAAUAAGAAUUUUGGAGCAAAUGUAAACACAUGCUCACAUAAGUCACAAUUGUAGGUUUCGUCUUGAUAGGCUCUGGUUCGUGCUGCCAAUUAAGCAAAGGGAGACGCAUCGAUUACAUAAAUAUUCUGAAAUUCAUGUACCAUUGAAACACUUAAUUCUCACUCGCAUUGUUUAGCUGAUUUGUAAAGAGAAUUCAAAUGGAGUCAACAAUUCAUUUUUUUGAUAUAUGAAAAUUUGGAAGGUGUCUUAAACUCGGAGUUUGCAGUCAUGUCCCGAGCAGGCAAAGUUAAAGCGAGAGGGAGAUGGAUCAGAAUUAAAGUAACUUUGGUCUUGUUUCUUUCUUUCUUUUAAAUUGUGGCCUGCAAGCUUUAAUCUAACUCUGGUGCAAUGCAAUCAAAUGGCAACAUUGAUUUUAAAUAUUGUACAUGGUCUCUUUACAAUUUAAAUAAAUAAAUUUGCAAAUAUUUGUCCAAAGCUACAAGAAUUUAACUUGAACAAACGUUGGCUCUUUUGUGAGCCAAAUCCACUUAAAUGGCUUCUUUUCAUGAGUUUCAUCUCCAAGAAUUGCUUUUUCAGUAAUUUCAAUCCAAAUUCACAACAUUUAAUAUUACCUGACGACUAAUGCUACACCAUUAGAAAUAGCCAUUAUAUAUACCGUUAUAUCCUGUCAUUAUAUAUAUAUUUAUCUUGCUGAAUAACUGAGGAAAAACUGGCACUGAAAUCCAAUCUUUGCAGAUAUAAAUAACCCAAAGUAUAUCUUACACUGAUGGAAUUGUUAGUUUUGCUUAUUUUGGUCAAAAAAUUGAUGAUUUUUUCACCCUACCUGAUAAGUCUGAUAGUCACCAAUAUUACACUUGAUCAUGAUAUCAAUCAAUCAGUUGGUUCCAAGCCUGGGGUCCAAGGGGAAGGGGCGCCAAAGAUCUCAGGGGGGUCGUGAGGGUCGGUCUGCUCUGAGGUCAUCAGUAAGUAGAAUCAUGAUAAAACACUUCCUGGAUAGUUUAAACAAAGGUCUGCUGGUAAGAAGGCCCAUUUUGUUGGGAUUUUAUCAAUGAAAACAAUUAAAAUGUAUGUUUAUUUUUGACAACAAUCUAAAACUUUUUUUGUUUGUCUGGGCUCUGGGGGGGCUCAGCUUUCCUUGAGUCACGUGGGGUGUUGGAGGUGGGGGCUCCAAAAUUUGAAAUGUUGGGAAGCACUGAUCUAGGGUAUUAAUAAUAAAUAACUGAUGUUUAAAGAAUAUGGUGACAACUUCUGAUCUCAUCCACAGUUUGGGAAUCUGCAAUAACAGCACGAGCACAGUCUCUUUUUGAGCAUUUUCAACAUCAUCAGUUUAUUAAAUUUGUAAUAACACAAAGUUAUGUUUGAGUGUGUUGCAAAGUUCAAUAUGUACUCUUCUCUUUUUCUUCUUUAAACUCGCUGUCAGUUUUGGCUUCAGAAUGAGUCAUGUUGUUUGGGUCAAAAUAAGAAAACUACUAAUGUGCUUGUGUGGGUUAUUUGUCGCUGAUGAGGUUACAUGAGUGGUGCCACAUAAAUUCCUUAAUGCACUUAUGUGAUGUUAUGCAUGUAGUGGCGAUUCCAGAGUCUAUAGGCAAAAACUGGAGCCCCCCCCCCCCCAACCAGCAUUCAUCUUCAUUAUGUUAUAAAUAAUCUGACAGCAACUAAAAUGUUGUGAAAUUUAAAGAUUUUUCCAAAGUUACAUUAGUUUUAUAUAUAUAUAUAUAUGAAGAACAUUAAAAACCUUCAAAUUUCAAAAUAAAACAUGCUAAUUAAGAUUUACAUUCAGAUAGGGUCCUCACAGUGUUUCGAUGCUCGGGCUCUAAAUAAGAUAAAAAAAAAAAAAAAUGUUAUUAAAUGAUUUUAUUUAAAUAACUUCAAUUGAAACUUUUGAAAUAUGUGCUCAACUGAGAAAAAGUUUUAAAUAGAAGAAUGUAAUAUUCAGAACAAUAAAAUGUUGUAAAAGCUUCAAUAAAGAACUAUAACUAUUUUUA